AUGAAUUUCCAAUUUGAAAAAGAGAUUGCUGUUAUUGCUGUCCGUAGGGCUAGCUAUUUAACUGAAAAGGUCUUCAACCAACUCAUAAAGGAGAAGAGUUCUGCGGGUGCUCAUUCAAAGGAAGACAAGUCCCCUGUAACCAUCGGCGAUUUCGGUGCUCAAGCAGUCGUUAUUGCCUUGCUCAAGGAUGCUUUCCCCAAGGACCCCAUCGUUGGUGAAGAAGAUGCCGACUAUUUGAGAAGCAAUAAAGAUACCUGCUCUCGUGUCUGGUCAUUGGUUCAAGAAUCGAUUCAACGCUCAAAAGAGCGCCAAGAGUUAGGUCAAAUUAAAGACGCCGAACAAAUGAUGUCCGUUAUUGAUCAGGGUAAUUACAGCGGCGGUCGUGAAGGCCGUAUGUGGACGCUCGACCCUAUAGAUGGCACCAAGGGUUUCCUUCGCGGUGCUCAAUAUGCCAUCUGUCUCUCUUUGAUCGAAAAUGGAAAGCCCAUGGUGAGCGCCAUCAGCUGUCCCAAUCUCCCUUUCGACUUUAAGCAACCUGAAACAAGUCCCAAGGGUAUUAUCAUGUCCGCUAUUCGCGGUCAAGGAUCCUUUCAGUACGCGCUUCAUGACUUGACUGCCCAACCCACCCAAGUACAUAUGAAGGAUGUUCAAGAUCCAAAGGAAUCUAAGUUUUGUGAAGGAGUUGAAGCUGGUCAUUCCAUGCAAGGAACUCAAGAAGAGAUUGCCAAAAAACUUGGAAUUGUUUAUGGACCUACCAAAAUGGAUUCUCAAGCCAAAUAUGUCAGUCUGGCCCGAGGUGAUGGAGAUAUUUAUCUUCGUCUUCCUACCAGCAUGAGCUUUGAAGAGAAAAUUUGGGAUCACGCUGGAGGCUCCCUCUUGGUCGAAGAAGCUGGCGGUGUCGUGUCGGAUAUGUUUGGUAAACCUUUAGACUUUGGUGUUGGCCGUACAUUGAAGAACAAUAACGGUGUUAUUGCUGCUUACAAAGGCAUAUUUCAAAAUGUUAUUGAUGCCACAGCUGCAAUCACCUCCCAAGAUCCCCAUUUCAAAAAGAAUUAA